CCGUGUGUAGAGUGUGUGUCAGGUUUCAUUCUGAGAGAGACUCAAGCGCGCAGCAGUCAGAAAAACCCGUCAAAUGGCACGACUCAUCCGCUCGGACUCCCAUUAGAUCCGGACCUUACUGAACCACAAUCUCCAUGCACUAGAACCAACAGCAUGCCUCCGUUGAGGUAACUUUGAUGAUAUAUAUAUUCAGAUGGAAAUGAGUUAUGCUUCAGUGAACUUUUAAUUACCCGUAAGGAGAACUUUUAAUCGCUUCAUUUGAACCCCGACCCUGCUCAGCCUGAUUAAGUGGUGGAUAAAUUGUAACUAUAUAAGCUACUGCUCACAGGACAUGGAGGACAUGAAAUUGAGAGUAUCACCCCAGUCCAACCGUGGCAGGACUUGCGUGGAGCAUCCUUGGCAAAAGCGCCUUUGGAUAAACAGGAAGGACCUGUAUGGUACAUGCGUGUGCACCGCACUGUGUUUGAUCUCGUUUGGAGUUUGCGUGUUGCUUUACCUGAAGACGUCCGAUCUGCAGUCCAGGGUGCUCAGUUUAGAAAAGGACAGAGAGCCCUUAGUCUCAAGUUGGAUAUCUCUUGAACAGGUGGAGCCCGUCUUCUGGAGUCGAAUAGAUCAGAUUUUAGAAGAGAAAUUAGCAGCACAUCUUCCGAAGAUUCGGACGGCGCGGGAUGCAUCUCACAGCUGUCUCUGUCCACCAGGAUCACCUGGUUUGAGGGGAAAGAAAGGCCGUGAAGGGGAUCCAGAUUGUCUUGAGUCACGGCAAAGAGAAUCAGAGGCUGAUUCAUCAGUUGUUGUUUUUGUAAAUUCAAUCUGGCUUCAGACGAGCGGAACAGGCAGCAAACCCAUUUCGGAAUCUGGACCUCCCGUAAGUAGACGUUAUGCCUUCGUUGACUGGACUGUGGUAAUGUGA